CUUCCUUCCUUCAACUUGAACUCUAUCUUCAAGUUCACAGCAAAAAGAAGCUAGCGCCAUGGUAGAGGAUAGAAAAGUUGGGGUGGCAACUGACUUCUCCAAGAGCAGCAACAGUGCUCUCAAAUGGGCCAUUGAAAACAUGGCUGAUAAAGGUGACACGUUUUAUAUUAUCCACGUCAUGAGCGAUGGAUCCCGUACCAAUAUCUGGGCUAAAUCUGGUUCUCCUCUUAUUCCUUUGUCAAUUUUAAGACAACCAGAGGCAAUGAGCAACUAUGGUGUGCAAACUGAUCCUGAGGUUCUUGAUAUGCUUGACGCUGCUGCCGGACAAAAGGAGGUGAACUUUGUGGCAAAAUUGUACUGGGGUGAAGCAAGACAGAAACUCAUUGACUCUAUUGAAGAUCUAAAGCUGGACUCUCUGGUUAUGGGAAGCAGAGGCCGUGGUUCAAUCAAAAGGAUAUUAAUGGGAAGUGUUAGCAACUUCUUGAUGAUACAUGCUACAUGUCCAGUAGCGAUUGUUAGGGAUUCAAGCAAGAGCAAGUAGAUCACUAUAAGGGAGCAUUUAUAUAUGUAAUAUAUGAUAAUUUUCGUGCUUUAUAGGGCCUGCAUAAUAAAUAGUUAUACAUGGUAUGUUGUGGCUUCAAAGUUAAGGGCUGAGUUCUUUUCAAAAAAAAAAAAAAAAAAAAAAAAGUUAAGGGCUGAGUUUACCACUUAAAAUAAUUGAGUUACUUUUCUACAUUUCAGCUCUUCACUUAUUUGAAGGAAUAAUGUAUUGUCACUUUAGACCCAAUAAAGAAACUUUAAUAA